CUGCUUUCUGACUCCUCUCUAGACACCAUGAAGACCUUUCUGAGUCUACUUUCCACUCUCCUAUUCUUCAGCUGCUAUAGCUAUGUUGCAGUGGGAGCAGUGCCACAGCAACAGCUAAGAGGUCCCAAUUGCAGGACACAUCCCACAGACUUGGUAUUCAUCAUAGACAGUUCUCGUAGUGUAAGACCCUCUGAAUUCGAACAGGUCAAGGUUUUCUUGUCUCAGGUCAUUGAAUCUCUGGACGUCGGCGUAAAUAACACAAGAGUCGGUCUUCUGAAUUAUGGCAGCUCUGUCAAAAAUGAGUUCUCCCUCAAAACCCACAAAACUAAGGCUGCUUUAAUUCAGGCAGUCAAAAAGGUUCAGCCUCUAUCUACUGGAACGAUGACAGGCCUUUCUAUUCAAUAUGCCAUGAACCACGCCUUCACUGAGGCAGAAGGAGCAAGGCUCAGAUCUCCAGGUGUGAAGAAGGUAGGCAUUGUAGUAACUGAUGGUCGACCUCAGGACGGUGUAAAGGAUAUUUCAGCCAGGGCACGAGAAAGUGGAUUGGAACUGUUUGCCAUUGGAGUAGGACGUGUUGAUAUGACCACCCUUCGUCAGAUUGCAAGUGAGCCCCUGGACGAACAUGUGGACUAUGUGGAGAGCUACAGUGUGAUCGAGAAACUCAGCAAGAAAUUCCAGGAAGCAUUUUGUGAAAUGGCUGAUCUCUGCUCUACUGGAGAUCAUGACUGUCAGCAAAUUUGUGUUAGCACUCCAGGGUCCUACACUUGUGCCUGCAGGGAUGGAUAUACAUUAAAUGAUGAUGGAAAGACCUGCAAUGCCUGUGGUGCCUCAGCUAUUGACCUUGUGUUCCUAAUUGAUGGCUCUAAGAGUGUUCGCCCAGAGAACUUUGAACUUGUCAAGCAAUUUAUCAAUCAGAUUGUGGAGUCUGUGGAUGUUGGUAACAACAAGGCACAUGUUGGUCUAGUCCAGUACUCCAGUGCAGUAAGGCAAGAGUUCCCCUUGGGCAGAUAUAACAGCAAGAAAGACAUUAAGACAGCAGUAAAAAAGAUGUCAUACAUGGAGAAAGGAACCAUGACCGGUCAAGCCCUCAAGUAUCUAGUUGAUAACACGUUUACCAUCUCCAACGGGGGAAGACCAGGAGUGUCUAAAGUUGGCAUUGUCUUUACUGAUGGUCGUUCCCAGGAUUAUAUCAAUGAUGCUGCACUGAAGGCUAAGGAACUGGGUUACAAGAUGUAUGCAGUUGGUGUGGGCAAUGCUGUGGAGGAUGAGCUGCGGAUGAUUGCCUCUGAACCAGUGAAUGAGCACUAUUUCUACUCGGCUGAUUUUAAGGCCAUGAAAGAAAUUGGCAAAAAACUUCAGAUGAAGAUCUGUGUUGAAGAAAACCCCUGUGAAUGUGAGGCUAUUGUCAAGUUCCAGACCAAGGUGGAAGAGCUCAUCCAGGCAUUAACAAGAAAGAUCGAAGCUGUGUCCAAGAGACUCACUUCUCUGGAGAAUAAAAUCACUGUUUGAAGAAAACCUGUUCUCUCUCUCCUUUAAUGUUCAGAAUUCAUCUGAGUGCAUCUGAACCCUUUUCCCUUUAUUUUCUCGAGGCUAAAGAUCAUUCCCCACUUCUUGUCUACAUAAAGAAAGCCUCUAUCCCUGAACUGUCACAUGGAUGAUGAAACACCAUGGGUUGCUGGCGACAUGUAUUGGAUUCUAACUGUAUUGUCACACGUCCCUAGUGAUGAUGGGCAUACUGCAUCCUGUGAACAAUGGCAAACAGAUACCACCUAAUUGUAAAAAGUGCCUAGACACAUGUAUAUAAACUUAUAUAAUGAUAGAUAUAUACACACCUAUAUAUACAGUAUGUAUAUAGAUAUAUAUUUCUAUACUGAAGAUAAAUUUAUAUACAUGUAUGUAAAAAAAAUCACAUUUAUAUAUGUCUAUACAAAAGUAAGUGUCUGUAUAUAACUAAGCAAGUUUACUACUCAAGACACUCAUAUGUAUCAAGCAGGGCUCAAAGAUUAACCCAACAAAAAGCUCUAGUAUUAACCUAUGGUGUAUGGGUUGGAAGGUAAGCAGCUUCAAAAAGCCUUCACGUCUAUAACCCAGAGGCCGAGCUAGUCAACAAUGCCGAACAAUGACAAUUAAACACACACAGUAGCGCACUACUUACCUCCAGAAUAUGGGUUGCAAAAGUAUCCAUAUUGCAUUGUAUUCUAACACACAUUAAUUUACCAUUCAUUCACUUAUUGAACAGGCUUUGGAGCAGGAAUAUAAAAUAUUGCACAGUAUUUGAGAUGUCACAUUACUUCUUCUUAUGUGAUGUCACAAUUCUUCCAUUCAGAUAUUUAUAACUAUAUCCAUACAUACAUUGUUAAAUGUGUGUAUAUCUAGUUUCAGAAAGAAUAUUUGCUUUUCCUUGUUAAAAAAAAUAAUAAUAUAUAUAUAAUGUAUAUAUAAUAUAAAUAUUUGUUUUUUAUAUUAAACACUCAUGUCCUCAUGAAUCAUACACUCUGCUUGUCAAAAAUGAGUUAAUUUAAAAUGUUAAACUGAUUUCACUGCCAAAAUAAAAAGUAA